CAUAUACUAUUAUUACCUAGUGAUCACUAGAAAUAGCCUUGUCUAUCCAACACUGCUAUGUAGGUUCCCUCGAGCAGUCAAGCGCGCAUCCAGAUCCCCUUUAUCACGGAACAUCUACCUGGUAGCUACAAAAAUCCAGAAUAGUGUAUUAAGAAAGUCUCAAUAUACCCUCUUUUAGGCAGAAGUUAUUGCCUGCUAACACUACGAUCAUGGAGCAAAAUAUUGACAAGAUUUAUAAGGAAGCCAUCGCCUCGGGACUGCUUCCAGGGGUCUCCUUGAUCGCAGGAGACAAAGAUGGCAACAUUCUAUACUCAAAGUCCUUCGGCAAGGCCUCGACGAAAGAAGGCGACGAACGCCCCUUCACUGAGUCCACCAUCGCCUUCAUGGCAUCUAUGACCAAGCUCAUGACAUCCGUAGCGGUCUUGCAAUGCGUCGAAGACGGUACCUUGGAUCUCGACCAAGAUGUCAAGCCCCUGCUUCCCGAUGUUGGGAAGUAUGGCCUGAUAAAUGGCUUUGAUGACGCCAGCAACACCGCGACACUGACUGAGAACUCCACGCCCAUCACCCUCAGGAUGCUGCUUUCUCAUACAUCGGGCUACCAGUAUGAUUGGGCCAGCCCGCUGCUUAGGAGAUGGCGUAUCUCUCGAAACGAAGUACCGUGGGCCGGCGCCACGAUAGAAGAGAAAGCAGCCCUACCACUUGUCCAUGCCCCUGGAAAGGGUUGGGCAUAUGGCCCCGGCCACGAAUGGGCAGGCCGAGCGAUCGAAGUGGCGACGAAGUCCACCUUAGAGGACUUCAUGCACGCGCGUAUCUGGACACCGCUUGGGAUCGAGAACGACUCUACCUUUUUCCCCUUGGCGAAAGAGGGGUUGAAGGAGAGGAUGGCCGAGCUCAGUACGCUAAACGAAAAGGGGGAGCCACCGGCCGUCCCGUCGGAUCUCGACCUCCGGGGCGGCAGCAAGGUCUGUCUCGGGGGUGGGGGCCUCUGUACUAGCACGAAGGGGUACUACACCUUCCUCUCCGCCGUCUUGCGCCGUGACCCCAAACUUCUAAACCCAGCAUCUUACACGGAGCUCUUCCGCGCACAACUCGACGACGAAUGCGAACAGGCGCUCAACGACAGCCUCGCAGCGGCCGCCGCCCCUCCGAUAUAUCUAAAUUUAAACAUGCAAACCCCAGCUUCGGUCAGGAAGUCGUUUGGUUUUGCGGGUCUUGUGGUGAAGGAUGGUCAGGAGGGGCGCUGUGCGCCGGGUACUCUGCUCUGGGGGGGGUUCCCCAGUACUGCGUGGUUCAUCGACCCAGAGGCGGGGAUCUGCGGGACAGCUGUCUGUCAGAUCCUCCCGCCUUUUUUUGGACCUAUCAUGGACUUACACACGGAGUUUCAGAGAAUCAUCUAUAGCGAGGCUAAGGGGAAACAGUGAUUGGGGGUCCAUUCUAGCUUGUCUUGUUUUGUUCGCAGGGUGCAUCAGUACUUAAUUCUGCGGUAUGAGUCAGCGAAUCAAGUUGGGUGUGGAUUUACGGUGUCGCAUAUUUCAAUGAGCUUCAUUUCAACCGGUACACUACUUACAUCUACCAACCGAGUAGGCUAAUCGGGAGGGGACAGGCGGGCAGGACAGCUCGAGAGACCGACUUCGACAGAAACAUACAUGUGGAUA